AAGUAGUUCAACAAACGACAUUAUUUAUUUUCUUAAUAGAUAGAAGUAUUUGAUGCUGUCAUUAUCUUCCAAGAAUAAAAUGAGUGCCAAAGUACACGUUGUCAUUGUAAGCAGAUUAAUUAUUUUGCUGCAAACGACUGAACUGUAAGAGAUAGACAGCACCGAAAUUGAUAAUUAAUUUGGAAAAAGUCGCGGUAGUAAAUUUAAGGACAACUUUCGAACUUAGACUUGUGCUGAAUCGUCGUUUUUACAAAGCUGUUGGUCCCAUAUUUAAUACGACACUUUUCUGAAUGUGGGUGAAAGGUGAAAAGGAGGAGCUUAGAGUACUGUUUCUGUACUCAUUUCUCCAGUAAAGUACAUGCUUUGUAUCUGUGUGACCUACACGUUUGGCAAUGGCUUUACUUAGAGGUGUGUUCAUCGUUUCUGCCAAACGUACCCCAUUUGGUACUUAUGGAGGACUGUUGAAAGAUCACUCUGCUACUGACUUGGCUGAACAUGCUUCCAGAGCUGCCCUGACUGCUAGCAAGGUGGCCCCUGAGCUAGUAAACAGUAUUAUCAUGGGCAAUGUCCUGCAGACUUCUUCAGAUGCAAUAUAUCUUGCUAGGCAUGUUGGCCUUCGUGUUGGUGUGCCAGUUCCAGUUCCUGCUUUAAUUGUUAAUAGGCUUUGUGGAUCAGGUUUCCAAGCAAUUGUCUGUGGAGCACAGGAAAUCUGCUUAAAGGAGUCUGAGAUCGUCCUUUGUGGAGGGUCAGAGAACAUGAGUCAAGCACCAUAUGCUGUUAGAAACAUCCGAUUUGGAACCAGGCUUGGAGAGGACAUUAAGCUGGAGGAUACCUUAUGGGCAGGUUUAACUGAUCCACAUGUUAAACUUCCAAUGGCGCUUACAGCUGAGAAUCUCGCCCAGAAAUAUAAAAUCAGCAGAGAGGACUGUGAUCGAUAUGCGCUGCAGUCCCAGCAGAGGUGGAAGGCAGGGCAGGAUUCGGGACAUUUUACAGCUGAGUUGGCUCCUAUUGAGGUGAAAAGCAAAAAAGGAAAGCAGACCAUGAGCCAAGAUGAGCACCCAAGACCCCAGAGUACAUUGGAGCAAAUGGCUAAACUUCCUCCAGUUUUCAAGAAGGAUGGGACAGUCACUGCUGGGUGAACGAGGCAUUUGCUCCACAGUACCUUGCAGUUGAAAAGGAGAUGGGACUAGACCCUGCAAAAACAAAUUUAAAUGGAGGUGCUAUUGCUUUGGGCCACCCUUUGGCAGCAUCUGGAGCCAGAAUCACCGGUCAUCUUACGCAUGAGCUUAGGCGCCAUGGAGGAAAGUAUGCCCUUGGGUCAGCGUGUAUCGGUGGCGGUCAAGGUAUUGCUGUGAUCAUUGAGAAUACCAAGUAAAGACCAGAAGACGAUUUUGAGAAAUAUUUCCAGAAAAAGAAUACCGAAGAAUUCUGGCCAGUUGUCAUUUGGAGCAAUGUUAGUAAACUUACAGUGCACUGCAAAAAGUGACCACAGAUUUUGUAAUUCAUAGUUUAAUAAUAAAAGUUUCUUGCAUAUCUGCACCAGAGGCAAAAGUAAAAGUGCCAUUUCCGUGGUAGGAAUAGAACCUGAAGUGGGAGUGUGGCACGUUUUUUUUUUCUGCUUACCAAGUAUCAGAACUGGCCACACCGUUUUUCUUUUAUUCACAGAAAUUUUCUGCGAGUCUAGCAAGAUUGUGGCCAUAGGGAGGUUUUUGUGCAGGUGCAUCACCCACUUUUCUGAGUAAACCCUCAGAUUACCUUACAUCCCUUGAAGAUAAGUGCCUCCUUCUGUCUGCAAUUUCCAUUUGGGAUAAUGAGUGGAGUAUACACCCUGCACAGGCACCUGCAACCCACUUCCACAGAGAAGUGAGUAGAAAUUGUCUCAUCACACCUCUCCCUUGCUUAACCAGCUUCUCUAGUAACCUGACUACUGUUUGUACCCUGGAUUUUUGUGUCAUAGUCAAAGCUUUAUCUCUGUACACCACCAAUGUGGGCUCUAGUACUUGGAGAGCUGACUCGCGCUGUCUGUGGGUUGCAUAUAUUUAUUGCUAUCAGCACAUAAUAUUUUACUUCAGUUUUUAUGUAAUACUACCAUAAUGCAUCUGCACAGUGUUUGCUGAGUGAUGGCAUAAUUGUAGCCGCAUCUCAUAUAGUUGCACUUCUAAAUAAUGCACAUCUGUAACGAAGGACUUUGACAUGCUACCUGCACACUUCUGUAACAAAGGACUUUGACAUGCUACCUGCGCACAGAUUGUUGUGGCAUUAAAUGUUACAAGACAGACAGGCUUUGGGAAAUGUAAACUGUAUUUUAUUGUAAGUGUAUCCUUUGACUUUUUGUGAGCUUGUUCUGGUUUGGUGUUAGUUGCAAAGUGCUUUCGUUACUUAAAAACUGAUUUUUUUCAUGAUGUAUUAAAAUCCCAGGGAUUAUAUACGUUGCCCGCCAGCAUUCAAAUAAAUGCCACUAAAAUGUGAAUUCUCAAGGAGGCAGAUUUUGUCCUUAAGACUGUGUAUGAUGUUUUCUUAGAUUUUUAAAGCUUUAACAGUUCUGCUUCUUGAUGAUCACUGUAUAAACUACUAGUGUUCCUCGUGUAGCAUUUUUGAACAAAUUAAUAUCUCCAUGUAUGGAGAGCUGUACUAUUUCAACAUACUGCAGGUCAUCAUGCCCUAGCUGUAUUUCAGAAACAAUUUACUCCUUUUGUCUUGGCCAUUUUGAAGCCAUUCUUGAAGGAAUGUACUAGUAAUUGUUUUCUCUGGUGCCCUCUUAACCCUCCUACCCCACUCCAAAUGCACACACCUCAGUACUGUGGCACUGGGCAAAUAAUAAUACUACUGUGUCUUCUUAAUGUACAACAUUUUAGACAUCAUAAGGGUUGACUAGAUUAUAGCUGUUGUUCCACCAUAACUUUUUCUAGUUUCAUUUUGAAUGUAAAGAUAACCAACACACUGUAUACAUGUUUUCCAUUUAGAGAAAUUAGGUCAGUUGUAGUGAGGCCCUACAAAAGUUGAUUCAAUGCAUUUGCUAAUAUUUUGCCAACUGAAGUUGACAGUAGACAGUAUAACCUUGGCCUUUCCGGUCAUUCCCCACUGUUAUAUUUUUCCUGCUAGACGGUGGCAAAUCUUCCAGAUCACUGACUGUCCUAAUUUAUUGCCAUCUUUGCAGUAAUCUUUAUUGGUAGUGGUUUGUUUGCCCUUGUUGUGCCCCAGAUUGGUUUUGUUGAAGCAGUGUUAAUUUAAAUUUGUUGUUAACUUCACAUGCAUUGUGAUGCCUUUCUGGAACAUAGCAGUAUUCCUUCUCUAAUGCCAUAUUCUGAAUCUCCUUUGUUUUGCAAUAAUCCUCCAAAUCCUCGACUGUCCAGUGCCUGCCUUUGAUAUGAUUUGUAAUGAGCCAUAAACUUUGUCCAUAUCCUUGAGUAACAUUAUUAGUGCUUAAUAACUAAGCUCAGAAUGCAAAACAAUACAUGAAUAACAACCACUUUGGUAACUGAUUUGUAAACUGUUCCUCUAUAGAUCAAACUGACUGCAACCCUUUUGCUACCUUGAUUUCAAUCUGUCUUUAAGUUGUAUGUAGUUUCUGAUUGAAUUCUUGGAUUGCUUUGUAAAGAUGAUGCCUUAAUAAAUGCACUUAACCACCUCAAAA